AUGUCGUUUUCUGACGAUUCUGAACUUACGGACCUCUCGUCUGGUGAUGAUGACGAUGUACCCCUUGCGGUGAACUCUACUCGAGGGUCGCGCCAAAAAGCCGUGAUCAAUCCUGUACUGCGUGCUCCAAGGACAGUGUCGUACUCGGUGGAAUCAUUGUACAGGAAGCUUUAUGACAAUACGCUGGACUUGGAUCCCGAAUACCAAAGAGAUGUCGUGUGGCCGGACACCAAGCAAACUCAGCUUAUCGACUCGCUUAUUCACAAUUACUAUAUACCGCCUUUGAUAUUCGCGGUAUCGAUCAGCUCUGAAGGAGAGGAGAAACGAAUAUGUAUCGAUGGAAAGCAGAGACUGUCGUCAAUACAAAGAUUUAUGGAUGGACAUGUGUACUCGGUAAAUGGCGGAAAAUUUUGGUACACUGCUGGCGCCGGAAAGACAACUCGCACGCUUCUCCCUUCCCAGCUCAAAUCUCGAUUCAGUAACAAGCAGAUCACUUGUGUGGAAUAUGACGACCUUACAUAUGACCAAGAGCGGGAGAUAUUUCGGCGCGUGCAACUCGGCGUCGCUCUCACCCCUGCGGAACGACUGCAGGCCAUCAAUGGCAGCUACCCGAUCCUCAUCCGUGAAAUAAAGGACAGGCUGUCCUCUCCAUCAGGUUUAGAAGGGUAUCUGCCUUGGGGAAACAGCCGAGGACGCGAUUUCAUGUGUCUAGCACAAGUUGUCUACCUCAUCGAUCUCGGGCAAAGCAAGACUGAGCCAUCUACAACGAAAAUCGAAGCUUGGCUUUCGAAUAAGCGCGAUGUCACACCUAAGCUACAGCGAAACGUCGACAGCACCAUUGACGUGCUCUGUGAGCUGGCGCAGGACCCAGCUUUGUCUAAACCAUUCAAGGCGCCCAAAGUCUCCCCUGUUGAGUUCGUCAUGAUCGCCUAUAUGAUAUUUCUCUAUCGCGACCAGCUUUCCAUGCGGCAGUUGUCUGAUGCCGUAGACCAGAUACGAAAAAGCGUUAGGAACGAUUUCCAGGAGAUCCGUUUCAAUUCCAAGGUGUACAAGAACAUGCUUGCGUUCGUG